AUGAUCAUUGGCGGCCUAAAUGUUGUGGCCUAUUUUGCUGCUGCCAUUUAUUUAAUCUAUACUAUGGUGGUAAUUAAUUCGAAUGAUAAACCAGACGUGACCUAUUUUAAUGUAAUAUAUGCUCUAUUAAUAUUAUUUUGUUGGGCAAUGUUUGCCAUAUCUGGUCUACUUAUAAUGGGUAUUAUGAAGAGACGUCACAAAAUGAUGAUUCCUUGGUUGUUACUGGGUGCCAUUGGCUUCGUUAUAAAUUCAUUACGUUUGUCCUAUGAGUUAAUUGUUUCCAUGACCCAUGGAGUUGGUGCUGGUACAGUUAUAUCGAUAUUUUUUUCUAGUUUAUUGGGUCUUGGUCUUUCUGCUUUAAUAAUUUGGCUUAUUUAUACUUUGUAUAAGGAUAUAGAAAAGGAGAACAUUUUAAAGCCAACUCAAGUUAAUUAUCAGACUAAUACACAUGGGUGCUAAAUACUUUCAGCAAUUAAAGAUUGUUUAUAUUUUUUAUUUAAGAUUAUUCUCAGCCCUCAUUACCUAUUUAUUCCUUUUUGUAACCCUAAAAAAAUCCUAAAUUACAAUAAAAAUAUAAUGUUUUAUA